AUGGUCUAUCAGUGGGAGCCGCAUAAAGAUGUCUGCUACCAAUUGUACAUCAACGAGCGCAGACCCCUUGAGGAUAUCAUGGUGCACAUGAAAAGUGUUUACCAGUUCUCGCCAAGUAAACGCGCUUUUCAAGUGCAGUUCAGUCGCUGGAAGUUCCCUACAAAACAAAGACUCAAACACAAAGAUGAUCGACUCGUCAAGCGCAUCCAUCAUCUGUGGCAGAAGAAUGUACCACAGGGUGAGAUGCUGCGUAUUCUCACCGACGAAGAUGGGUUUGACAUCAACGCACGCGAACUCAUGAGAGUGCGCGCCCGAAACAGAUGGCUCCUCAGAGUUCGGCACGGAGAUCGAGCAAGGUCGGGAGACUUUGAACAAGAUGAUGAGGUUUUCGACAACGAUUCAUCGCCCGUUCAGGACGGAGACGUGAUGAACUCACUACCGGACCAAGAACGCGGACUCCCUGAUCGUUCUGCAACAGGAAACUCUACCAACUCAUUACAACAGAACCCCAACUCUACUACUCUGGCCCCCAAAGCACGAAAGAUUAGCAAAAGACAAAGCCGGAGAAACCGCCAACACCUCAGCGAAGCAGAACAAAUUGUUCGAUUUCCUUCAGAGAUGACAUUGAACGACUCGAAGGAAGUGCUAAUGCUUGACGCGAGUACUUACUCGGAAACUCGCGAAUGUUUUGCCCGUAUUUGCCAAGAAGAAUCUAUUAUCAAAAAGACCCUGGCUGGACCUGGGAGAUGGGACUAUGUCAAGAAUCGUCUGAUACACGAGCGUCCAAACCUGCAACAGGUUCUUUGGAUUUCAAAGGAAAACCUUGAAAGAAAACAGCUCGCGCUGGACAUCAUCUGCACUGAUGUGACCAAGCGCAUACGCAACCAGGAGACGAAGAUGACUCUUGUUGAUGCGAAGAAUGAGCUGGGUCUCAACCCGGAAGAAUCUCAUGACAUCCGCGCUACCUUGCACGAGGUGCUCUGCGAUGCACAAUUCACAUGUAAAUCUGACGGUACGCCAGAGCAAUGGGAAGAACUGAAGAAGCAAUGGUUUGAGAAGUCAACACGUCUCAAAGCCAUUCCCCUAGACGGAGACGAUGAGCAGUCGCGUCGGAAGAUGAGAGCGAUUGAGAUUGUGGCUCGAGAUGUGAUCAAGCGAAAGCGGGAUGAGAAACGAUCUAAGGGCACAAAGAGUGGUGAGACUGUUAAACAGAAGGGGACUACGCAGCGCAAGUCCCAAAGUGGUGCUCAGGAAUCACAGGUUGCGCAUGAGGAACAGCCGUCCCAACAUCAACAACAGGUGCAGCAAGCUGUGGAAAACUCGUCCAAUUUCCCUGUACCAGAGAGAGAAGCUGCAAGGUCUAGUUCAGCCGCAAGCCCAGCUUUGAUGGGUGAUGGUGGGAUGGAUGAUACUAUGGGUAACACUGGUUACGAUGCUAUCCCCGAACCAACGAACUCACAAUUGAAUUAUACGGCUACCAGACCAUCCUUAACGCCACAUCGACCUGUGCAAUUGCAGGCCACCAACGGGACGUUGCCACAACCUCAUAGAAUGCUUGGCUCGUCCGCCACUGCUGGUGUACCUAUGAACAGUCAAUAUGGGUCGCCAUCCAUGUACUUGGGAAACCAACCUCAGCCGAACUAUAUGGAGCAGCAAUAUGUGCCGCACCAGUUUUCAACACCAACGCCCAGUACAAUGUUCCAGAGCGUGCCGACAGUAUCAGCUUCUUUUGCAGUAUUCCUGCGUUUACACCCUUCUUCAACAUAUGUCACCAACACAAACCUAUGGAUCUCUACUAUGGCAUCGCAGUCGAUCCAGGAGCUGCGGCAGGCGGCGGUUGCCAAGUUUCCCGGGGCGCUAUGUGUCCGUAUCGAGGGUAUUUUGAAGGAUCCAAAAGGUAGCGAGCUGCCACUUCAGAUCCAGGGAGAUGAUGAACUGGGGGCUUACUUUGCACAUAUGCAAGGCGGUUCGCCAACGUUUGCUGUCCAACUUGUCUAA